UGUCUCUAAGAACCACCCUCAUGUCCCAUAAUUCCUUUGAACAAACAGGAAGUGCUUCGCUAGCCGUAUUAGCUUUAAACAUGUCUUUUAAACGAGAAGGCAAUGACAGUAGUCAACUAAAUGUCUUAAAGAAACGACGUGUUGCUGAUUUGCUGGCAAACUACAUUUCAGAGGACGAAGCUACGUUGAUGAAAAAUGGAAGGUAUAGCUGUUUGGUGUGUUCACAACGCCCUGUUUUUGACACAGUCGAUAUGCUGACAGUGCACAGAAAAGGGAAGCGGCAUCUCGAAGGUCUUAAAUGGUUUUAUGGCAAAAAAGCUCGGCUAAAAAAUGAAAUUGAUAAGAGGCGACAUCAAGAGUAUGUUAAUGAAGAAGAUGAUCGGCAGGUAAAUGAAACAGGCAGCUCUGCUCCAUUACUAACACAGACACGAAAGAUAGCGCACCAUGCCUUGCUGAAAACUACACCGUAUAACAGCUGUCAUAAAAAGGCCAGUGAAAGAUGUGAAAACCCAGUAACUCCAGACUGCAGUAGAAACUACAGUGUUGACCAGAACAUUAUCCCCAGAGCUAAGAGCCAAAUCUACAUGGAUACCACACCUGUUCCUGCAGAUGCAAGUCAUCACCGGAUUGAGACACAAAUGAAAAAAAAAAAAAGGAAAGCUGCCAACCCUGCUGCGUCUGAGCCUGUCACAGAGCAGAGAUGCAGAGAACUAGAACAUUACCUUAAAUUAAAGAGCAACGGUUGGAUACAGGACCCCAGUGGGAAAUGGGUAAAAGAUGAAAAUGUAGAGUUUGACUCAGAUGAGGAGGAACCGCUUCCACCACUUCCUACAAAUGGGACUUCAUAGAAUGAGAGAGAGAAUGGCUGUGUCUGCACCCAUUGGUCAAUAAAAAAAGACCCAAGAGAUCAGCAACUGCUCUGACGGUGGGGUUUCUUCAUACACCCCCUUCUCUCCAGAACUGGUAUGAAGCUAUAUUUGGAGCUGUGUAACCAAAUCACUGGGCUUGUGACUUGUGCAGGUAUAAAUAGGCAGAGGAUAGUCAAGUGUUAUGGUGGGAAAUUGAAAAGAUCCGACUAAUCUGAAGGCAGAGGUUACAACUAAAACUAACUCUGUACACAAUAGUUUUACCACAAUGUACUGACUCAACAGUGGCUACAUAACACGGACUCUGAAAGCUGUUGUGUUCAGGUAAUCAUGUGACUGAACUGAAAUCUGACUUUGUUUCUAAUCAACGUUAAUUAAUAAGAUUUUAGACCUGAGUAGUUUUCCUUUCAGUGUGGAUAAAUGGACUCUGAUCCAGUGCUAUUUUCUUAGAAUAAAUUAUGCAUGUUAGAUGAAUAAAUCACAUUAAACAAUGUUGUUGAUC